ACCGUGUACAUUUACCCUUAAAAAAUUGUGUUCUGCUCAGAUCAGUGGUUCUGCUGCAGUCUUUUCUGCUCUUUUCCUGUUUCUAUUUGAAAACAUUAGCUAUUUAAUAUUGCAAUGGCUUCUUCCCUGAGUACAAAGCUGCCCAAUCUAAUAAAAGGAAUGGUUACUAAUGGUCAGCCUAAACUUGCUGUAUUUAUGAAGUAUGCCAAAGUAGAGUUAGCUCCUCCUAAAAUGUCUGAAAUGCCUGAAGUCAUGGCUGGAUUUGGGAAGCUUAUGAGAUCAGCUAAAAGUGGAGCUUGGAAGCAAGUUCCAGUCAAGGAAGCGUGGUUGAAUUCUUUAAUUGCAGCCGAGAUAUACUUCUGCUUUUGCAUAGGUGAAUGCAUUGGUAAAGGAAGUUUAUUAGGAUAUCAAGUGUGAUCUGCAAUGUGAAUUCUAAUACUAAUGCUGUUUCUAGAGAAUUGUAUCAAUAAAAUAAAUGUGCUUAGUAGUUGUAA